AGCAGGCGUUUCAAGAUGGUGGCGCCUGGGCGGGGGAGGCGGCUCCUGUGAGGAGGCGGCGGCCGAGGCACUCCCCCCCUCCCCCCCACUCCCCCGGCCCGGGAAAGAGGAGCGGCGGGGACACGCGGAAUGGCCCAGAAACCCAAUGGGGCCCUCAGGCCAAAAAGUUUGCCUGCCUCUGAUCUAAGGGAUUGCAUUAAUGUUUUUGGCCACAACAUCUCAGUGGGAACUCAUGUUCAGGUGAUUAUUCAUCAUGACCCCUAAGUCUUUUUCAGAGUCACUGCUUCCCAUGGUAGUCCCCCUUAAGUAUUCCUUUUUGUUUCUAAUCUAAUUAAACAAAAAAAAGCCUACCCUUUAACUCUGCUGUCCAUAGAUUUCUGCUUGUGUCCUUUGGUUUCAGUUAACAAUUUUCUGCAGUUCCUAGCUUCUGAUUUAUAUUAAUUACUCUCAGCUUCCCCUUUCUUCUAUUUGUUCAUUCACACAUACCUAUAUUUAUAUAGGUAUAGGUAUGUGUAUAUAUAUUUAGUAGCCAGGUUGGAUUUUUAACCAUGCGGUCUUCUUUCUCACUUGUGGGAUUAUGGCUAUUUGGGCUUCUAACAAAAUGUUCUUAAACAGUUCCCAAUUAAACUUUUUUCUCUUUAAAUUCUUUCUUCCAACUGAUUUGGCUCAUAACUUUCAGCUUUGUGAAAUUGGCCCUUUUAAAGCAUUAACUAUGUUACUGAUUUGUAUUUGUUUUCUGUUUGCAUAUAUUAAAUGUGAUCAAAUCGUGAUCACAUUUGUACCUUAGUCUACCACUGAUUUUUAGCUUUGUGCUCAGUUCCUUUUUGUGAAGUUGAGGUCUUUUAUCAAAUUCUCCCGUGUUGGAUACAAUGCUUUUUGAGUUAGGAAGUUGUCUUCUAUAAUAUUGAAAAGUUCUGAGGAUGUUUUAGUACUGGGAGCAUGAGACCUCCAGCAUAUGUCACUCGGAUUGAAGUCCCUGAUGAUCACACACUUAAACGUUCUAUAUAGGUGCUCAUCUUGUUGCCUAGUUUGAUUUGGCAGUCAGUAGCUGACCCCAUCUAAUAUCCCGUUAUGUGAUUAAGUGUUAGGACGUUGAUCUGUAAGCAUUCAGCAUUGUUUUCUUUUGAGUUGUUAGUGACUUGGAAACAGGUACAGGAACUCCUCACUUAAAGCUAUCCUGGUCAACAUUGUUACAAUUUUGCUCGUUUAAAGUUGUGCAAUGCUCCCUUCUAAUGUCGUUUGGCAGCCGCCUGUUUUGUCCACUGCUUAUAGGAAGAGCAGCCCAUUGCAGCUAGCCGGUGGGUGGUUAGAACCGGAGUGGACUGGCAGCCCCCCAUCAGCUCCCUGCUCCCCUAAAUUCCCUGUGCAGCAGCUGCUCAGCAGGCUAUCAAUUGCCGGAAUUCAGCUGUCCCUCCCCCCACUGCCAUGUGCUGCUCCUGCCCUCUGCCUUGGAGCUGCUCCCCGAGACUCCUGCUUGCUGUGUGGGCAGGAGGGGAAGAAGAGGGGGGCUAAUGUCACGGUGUCCCCCUGCUCCUGCACCCUGCUUACCCCAUCUUCCAUAGAGCAGGGGGGACACACGGAGGGAGGGAGCCGCUGCCUUAGGCAGCAGCUGCAGUCUGGUCUCAGCUUGCUGAUCUAAUUAACAAGGCAGUGUACUUCUGACCCCACUCUUCAUACUUAAAGGGGAAAUGCGCAUCUCUAUCUCUCAAACACACAGGGUGUGUGUCUCUGUCUGCCCUCCCACCUUUCCUGUUGCCUUGUAGAGUGUGAGAGUUAACCCUUGAGGGCUCAGCCAAUUGCUAUUUCAUCAUUUAGCAGUAAGGCAUUCCCUGGGAAAUAUCCCACCCUCUGACUCCUCCACCUCAACCAAGCUUCACAAUCAUCAUCACUGUGUACCAGUAUUACAUUGUUUGUUUAAAACUUGUACUGUGUGUGUAUACUGUCUGGUGAAAAAAAUUUCCCUGUAACCUAACUCCCUCAUUUACAUUAAGUCUUAUGGGGAAAUUGGAUUCGCUUAACAUCGUUUCGCUUAAAGUCGCAUUUUUCAGGAACAUAACUACAACGUUAAGUGAGGAGUUUCUGUAAUGUAAUUUUUGACUGUCACUCCUCUUUUCCUUUACCCGUGAUUUGAUCCUUCCUAAUUAGAUUAUAACAGUUGAUUUUAACAUUCAAAUCAUGCUUUGUUCUUCUUUCGUUCAUCGGGACUUCAGCCUGGUGCUUCACAUUUCACAGUUGCUUUGACUCAAAACUGCCUUUUUUGUGGCCUAGCCAAGCUUCAAUUCUUUCUUGUUUUUUUAUCUUUCAUCUAUCUCUACAUGGGUAGGCUUGGCAUGUUGUAAUCCAUUACUUUUUGAAUGCUUUAAUUACCUGUCCUGUCUGUUUUGUAGCUUGGAUCCUGUUGUUGAAAUUCACUUAGCUGGGUUGGCAUAGAGAUACAUUAGAGAAUUAUAAUUGGCUUCUCUAAGUCCCCCUAUGGUAACCCAGACAUCUUGCCCUUGCUUCUUCAUGUGUGGUGGUACUACUGACAAAGACUUCUGAAAUGUUUGGGUACAAUUUCUCUACUGCCCGGCAAGUUUUUGAAUAGAGCAGACUCAGCCAGCUGACUCUCGUAGGGGGAGUAACAUCACUUUAUUUCCUGCUGGUAGGAGGACUUACACCCACUGUAUGGGGUGGCACAAAGGGACUUGGCGAAACCAAAUUAGCAGGUUGAAAGAAGAAAAGGAGACCUGCUUGCCCAAUGAAGAUGCACUCUACUUAGUCUUCAGCUAUUUAAGCUGAAUGCAUUGUGAUUUCCAAUAAUUGAGACAGUGAUUCUGAAAGCUGUCUACAUUAAUGAAAAGAACAAUGUAGUCAGCUUAACUGAACCAUCAGUGUUGCAUAUUGAAUAGAACAUGAUAAACCUAUCUUGAUGGACUUGUGCAUGUUAGGAAUAUAGAUUAUAUACGUUUAUUUAAAGCCUUGUUUUUUAAAACAGUAGUUUUACAGUUUAAAUAUGGAGAAAACUGAAAAUGCACCUCCCCUCCCCAAAGAACCUGCAAGAGAAAUGAAUGUGGAGAACCAGACUUGUCCCCCACCUCUGCCGCCUAAUGAACAGCCUCCACCACCUCCCCUGCAAACGUCCAGUGACGCAGAGGUAAUGGACGUUGGCUCUGGUGGUGAUGGACAGUCAGAUACCCCUGCUGGGGACGCGCACACUGUCUGCAGAACACAGCUUCUGACAAAGGGAUCUGCUUGCUACAAAACUCGUCUUAUAAUAGACCCUAACAAUAGUGACCAAAGUCCAAGAACUGCUCGUCAUGCACCUUCAGUUCGAAAGUUCACCCCUGAUCUUAAGUUACUUAAAGAUGUAAAAAUUAGUGUCAGCUUUACAGAAAGCUGCAAAAGCAAAGACAGAAAAGUUCUGUACACUGGAGCUGAGCAAGAUUAUAAGCCAGAUACAGAUUUUAGUAUUAAUAAUGUCAAUGGGGAUUUGUAUGUUUGUCCUUUUGGUGGUAGUAAUGGUAAAACUGUAGGUGUAGGGGGUGAAAAUGAUGACAAGAAGGAUGAUGAAAAUGAUAUUGAUCAGGAAAAGAGAGUGGAAUAUGCAGUUCUGGAUGAGUUAGAAGAUUUUACUGACAAUUUGAUGGAAAUUGAUGAAGGAGGAGGGUUCACAUCUAAAGCAAUCGUUCAAAGAGAUAAAGUGGAUGAAGAAACCUUGAAUUACUCUUAUGAGGAUGAUUUUGAUAAUGAUGUGGAUGCUCUGCUGGAAGAGGGCCUUCGAGCUCCCAAAAAGAGGAGAAUAGAUGAGAAAUAUGGAGGUGAGAGUGACCACCCAUCUGAUGGAGAGACAAGCGUGCAGCCAAUGAUGACCAAAAUAAAAACUGUUCUUAAAAGUCGUGGCCGUCCUCCUACGGAACCAUUGCCUGAUGGAUGGAUCAUGACAUUCCAUAACUCAGGCAUUCCUGUAUAUCUGCACAGAGAAUCCAGAGUUGUUACCUGGUCCAGACCUUAUUUCUUGGGAACAGGAAGCAUAAGGAAACAUGAUCCUCCCUUGAGUAGCAUUCCCUGUCUGCAUUACAAGAAAAUGAAGGACAAUGAGGAAAGGGAACAAAACAAUGACAUAACCCCAAAUGGGGAAGUAUCGCCUAUAAAGCACAUAGACAAGUCUUCAGACCUGGACUGCCAAACAGAGGAGCCAGAUUCGACUGCUGCUGAUUCUGGGCCUUUAGAUGAGAGAGAGCCUUCAGGGGGUGAUGCAGCACCAGGAGCCUUAGGACAAGUUAAGGCCAAAGUUGAAGUGUGUAAAGAUGAAUCUGUAGACCUUGAGGAUUUUAGACACUACCUUGAAAAGCGUUUUGAUUUUGAACAAGUUACCGUAAAAAAAUUCAGAACCUGGGCUGAGAGACGACAGUUCAACCGUGAAAUGAAGCGGAAGCAGGCGGAGUCUGAGCGGCCUAUUCUGCCAGCCAAUCAGAAACUCAUUACCUUGUCUGUGCAAGAUGCACCUACAAAGAAAGAGUUUGUUAUUAAUCCCAAUGGGAAGUCUGAAGUUUGCAUACUGCAUGAAUAUAUGCAACGAGUCCUAAAGGUCCGCCCUGUUUACAAUUUCUUUGAAUGUGAGAACCCAAGUGAGCCUUUUGGAGCCUCAGUGAUUAUUGAUGGAGUGACUUAUGGGGCAGGAACUGCAAGCAGCAAAAAACUCGCCAAGAAUAAAGCUGCCCGAGCUACACUGGAAAUCCUCAUUCCUGACUUUGUUAAACAGACCUCUGAGGAAAAGCCCAAAGACAGUGAAGAACUUGAGUAUUUUAACCAUAUCAGUAUUGAGGACUCACGGGUAUAUGAACUGACCAGUAAAGCUGGACUGUUGUCUCCAUAUCAGAUUCUCCAUGAGUGCCUUAAAAGAAACCAUGGAAUGGGUGACACAUCUAUCAAGUUUGAAGUGAUUCCUGGUAAAAAUCAGAAGAGUGAAUAUGUCAUGACUUGUGGCAAGCACACAGUGCGAGGCUGGUGUAAGAACAAGAGAGUUGGGAAACAACUAGCUUCUCAGAAAAUCCUACAGCUACUGCACCCGCAUGUGAAAAACUGGGGCUCUUUAUUGCGUAUGUAUGGUAGAGAGAAUAGCAAGAUGGUCAAACAGGAAACCUCUGAUAAAAGUGUGAUAGAACUUCAGCAGUAUGCCAAAAAGAACAAGCCAAAUCUACACAUCCUGAACAAGUUACAGGAAGAAAUGAAAAAGUUGGCACAAGAAAGGGAGGAAACUCGAAAGAAACCCAAGAUGACAAUAGUAGAAUCAGCUCAGCCUGGUAGUGAACCUCUGUGUACUGUUGAUGUGUGACCAGAAAACUUACAAGCGGGGAGCAAUAACAAAUGGAGAAACUACUUUCAACAAUUAUUUAAGAAUCUAUUUGCUGCAGAAUGCAAGAUAACUUUACAAUCCUGGCUGCUUCAGUUAUGCAUUGUUCUUUUGCAUCAUCAGGGCAAUAUUACUUUUUUUUUUACCUCCUGAGAUAUGUAUGUUUAAAUGAUUGAUCAUAAAGAUCUCUACUUGGGCAAAUGCACAGAAGAUAUAGGCAUGUUCACACAGGAUACAUUUAAGGAAGCACUUUUUCCUUGAAAGUCAUCCAUGUUGUCUUGAAUGGAUGUGUUUUAAGGAUCAAAUUCAGAAAAUCUAUGUACAGGUUGAAGCUGAUAUAUUAUAUAUAAAUUUUUAUAUAUACAUACUCUUGUAUGAACAUGCCUAAAAUUAUUUUUGUGAAAAGUUUUGUUGCAUUUCAGCACAUAAUAAUAUGCACUGAUAAGACACUUUGACAGAUACAUGGAAAAAGUGAUGAGCGAUGUUCCUAAUGUCAUAGGAUUAGGCCAGUCAUGCCGUUUUUAUUUUGUGUACUGCCAGGCUAAGGUUGGUUUGCUUUUAAUUUUUUUUGAGAUCACAGUAUGCAGGUUUGUUUGUUUUGGUUUUUUUUUUGUUUUGAUUUUUUUUCUACUUGAAAAGAACAAGUGUACCUGGUAGUGUUAAGAGCAACAAGCUGGAUAUCCCAAAUUGUUGGGCUUUAUUUUAAAGGAAAAGUUAUGAUUGUUUACAAACCAAUUGGAAGGGAAAAUAUUUGGCCCUCUAUUUCAGUGUUUCCCAACCAGUGUGUCGUGGAAUUUUUUUUUUUAAAUUAUAUGUGAGAACGGGGGAGGGGGGAAACUGCCUUUUGAUUGGCAGUAUGCCUCAUUGUCCCACCUCCUCCAAGGGUGGAACAACCAAUCAGAACUCAAUCUCCUGCUCCUUCCCUCCUGCUGCUGCUUAGCUGGGGGCAGCGGGAAGAGUCCCUGGAGCUCGAGAUGUGCCAUGGCAGAGAAAAGGUUGGGAAUCACGGCAAUUUGAUAUAAACUGCAAGUAACUUAGCCACUCGAGAGGCUAUCUGCAGAGCUUGAAGGAGAAAUAUAACUGAAGACUCUUGAUGGGUAUUCUGAAAUCUAUUGCCAGUGCAUUGUUUAAAGAAGCUCCACCCUUACUCCCCUGUAAUAGAGUAAUUUUAAUUUGUUUGGUGUCUGGCCACGUUACUUGUUUAGUUAAGUCUUAGAUAACUUGCUUCAUUAAAUGAAAGAUUUUUGAAACAAUUUCUCCUUGUGGCCUGGCCUUUGGAAAUGCUAAACUAACUGAUCGCAGCUGUCUUACAUUUUAAAAAAAAAAAAAAGUUGUUACUGGCUUUUUACUUACAUUUUUCUUCAAAUACUAAAAAACUUAAUUUCUGCAAUGGAAAUUAGAACGUAGAUUUGGGAUACAACGUAGAAAAAAGACUAGAAUAAGACCGUAAUAGAGUGUACUGAUUAAGAUGAAAAAGGACAUGAAUAUGCAAGCAUUUUUGAAAUACAAUCUUAGAAAACGGGCAGUACUUACUGUAUCUGCUGAGGCUUUAAUAAGUUAUGCACAGAAGAAAUAUUUUGGUUGUAGUGAAAGCACUGCUUUUCCCCUUUAGUUAGGGUUUUUACCUUAUUGGCUAAUGCAGUAAAUUCCUCAGAUUUGAAGGGGGAACCCUUUAGUGCUUGAGAAGGGGGAAAACGGCAAGAAGCCAGUUUGGUGGUAGGGGUCCAAUGACUUAUCCAAGAGUUGAUAUUAGUACUGCUAUAUUGUAUGCUCCCUGAAUCAUUGGUGGGACAGAGAGAUACAGUUCUUAAUCCUUAUAAAUGCUGCAGGUCUGGUACUUGUCCAGACAGUUGUCAUGUCUGAAAUCUGAGUACAGCAUACUGCAGUAUAUUGACUGAUCGUGCCAACUGGAUUUUAACACCUCUACUAUCAGCCCUGCUAUUUUGGAAAUUAGAAAACUUAAAUUUUUGAUCCCAAGCUAAAGUUCUGUAAUUUAUUGCUUCUGAUAUUUGAGAUCAGUCUCAUCUGUUUCUGUAUUUGCAUUGUUAUAAGUGAUAUGCUCAGAGGUGUCUGCAAAUAAGAACUCACCCAAUCUUCAUUAUCGUAUUCAGCUUUUGAGUUCUGUGAGUUGUAAUCCUGUUUUCAGUACAGAAGGAUAGGUGGAGGAUGAGACGUUAUUCUUAAAAGUGACCGAUCUAAAAAGUACUGCCUCUGCUUCUUUUCUUUUAAUAUAGCUUUAAUCUCCAUCUUUUGAAAGAUGUGUAACAUUGGUGCAGUACUUACAAGCAGUAGUUGCUGCUUCUCUCUGAUUUUGAUGAAGACAGGGCUUAUAUCUUUGCCUAAAUAUAUUACUGUGUAAGUAGGUGGUGUUUCAGUUUGUGUGUUUUCUAGCAAAAAAAAUCUGUCCUUGGACAAUACUGUAAAAGACAAAUCACCCCUGUGGAUCUUUUGUCCAAAAUCAGAAUGUCAAUAUUUUGCAGGCCACCUGCAGAUUAUCCAUAGAUGCCUCAUUUAGGAAUUUAUUUGUAUUAUGUUCUAAGAGGAUUGCUGUAUUGAGCAUUUUUGCUUUAGUCUUACCUCAAUCUGCCACUAUCUGAAUCGUAAGGUGACCAUUGCCCUUAAAUAAAGCAUCUAGAUAUUUCAUUGUGAACCAAAGCCUCUCACAUAUUAUGCAUUCUUUAAAAGGAUGGUAUUUAGACCUUGCUGCAGCCUUUAACUGGAGAGUUGUCCAGAAAAUAAAGCGCAAUAACUGCUGGAACAAACAACUUAACUGCUGUUUAUUGUCAUUGUGAAGUAUUCUUGUGUUUUAAUGUUUACUAUUGUUUGGAGUGUAACAGUCUUGCAUUUGCACAUAAGCACGAGCUGCUGUGAUAGAGGAUAGGUCAUUGCAUUAAUUUCUGCUUCUGCAUGAACACUAAGGUGUGAUUCAAGAUGUACCCUAAAUUUGUCUUGUAACUCGUGUUUUUUAGGUAACCAGCUGUAAAGGUUUAGAUCUUGAUUGUAUGAAUGCAUAAAGCAAAACUACUGCUUUUGUCACUGAUCUUUGUUCUUUAUCCUCCCCCUUAUCCUAGGAAAGGUGGUUAUAUUUAUGGGGAUGGAAUGUAUUAAUAAGAACUGUUCCAUCCUUUGGGAAUUAGACCUAUUCUGCUUUGCAUAUCAUGUGCUUCUCGACAGAAGUGUGGUGUAUUGACUUUAAGGGUUAAAUUAGCGUGCAUUCAAAUCUUUAUGGUACUGAAUGAAAAAUUACUGUGACUUCCAGUGAAAUAGUCAGAGGCUACCUAUUUAAACACAAGUCAUUCAGCUUUAAAUAUUUAUUAAGCAAGAGAUAUAGUUGGGUUCCCAGAUGCUUGAAAUGGCUCUAUUAAGCUUAAAAACUCUUGCUGUUGUAUGUAAACUCCCACUUUCCUAUGACACUGUUAGGCUUUACAUACAAUGCACACUUGUAACAUCUAAGUAUUCUUUCUUUAAAAGCUUGAUUACAUCUUACACAAGCACUAUAUUUUGGUUCUGGGGCAAAGUUCACAAAGGUAAUUGCCUUGUCAAACUUCCUGGGGGAAGAAUUUUAGAUUAAGUAUCAGAAAAGUGCAAGAACUAAUGCCAUUCUCAUCAAAAUAAAAGGUGAACAGUAUUCUGAUGUGUAUUUGAGAAGGGAAAAGUGAAUAAUGCAUUCUUAUGUGCCCAAGUAGAUAACAAUGGUUGCUGUAUGAACUGUAGAGUGCAGUUGCUUGAUGCCAGUGCUAAAUUGGUACAACUAUAAAGCCUCAUUCUCACUGAACCUCUGCUUUGCUUUUUUUCCUGCACAAUCAUAUAAGCCUUUGUGUUUGGUCUUUGAGUACUACAUGUGUAUUUUUUCAGACAAUUAGUUUUAAGCAAUAAAGUUUGAUAUUACAUUAUAAAAA